AUGAGAAGCUCCGCGAGGCUCUUCGCUAGUGUUGCGAAGUAUCUCGAGCCCAACACACCAACCGGUCUCACGGGCAUUAGCACCCAUCCCUCUCCUCGAGCAGCCCUCGUAUACACCUACAGAACGACUCUCGACAGGCUAAACCAGCUGCCUCCUACAUCAGUCUAUCGCCAAUCCGUCGAGAACCUCACAAAGCACCGUCUGGCUAUCGUAGAGGAACAGAUCCCCGAAGGCUUCGAAGCAUGGAAGGAGAGGGUUGCGAAGCAGGUUGCGGCAUCACCAGAGGCAUACAGCAAGUUCCAGAACCCCGACGGCUCUUUCUCAUACUCGGCGCUCGCAGAGUCAAAACCUAUUCCAUGGGACGGCACUGUAUCUAAAAAGACUGCCCACAAUACGGUUUCCGCUGGGCUUGCAGAUGCUGAGGCCAAAGCGAAAUCUGCUCAGGCUGAAAUUGACCAGUCUGACAAGGAGGAUAGAGAGGGAGUGUUGCCGACCGUCGACGAUCUGGAGACGGAACCUCCUUUGACAGCAGAACAAAUUGAGUCCAUCGAGAACAAGAUUGGCGCUGGUCUGAUCGAGGAGGUCAUUGUUGUCGCCCAGAACGAGCUCGAGCUUGCGGGCGAGAUGCUACAAGCCAGACCAUGGGACCCACUUGAGGAGCCGGCACCACCUGGGCAGUGGAAGUAUUUCGAGCGCGGCGACGUCGUCUAG